AUGUCUGAUACAGAGAACACAAACCUGACUCCCGCUUCGGCGGCUGAGAAGCCCUAUGGCAUGCGCAAGAAUGGCAAGCAAUGGCACGCUCCCAAGAAGGCUUUCCGACCUACCGCCGGCCUCAAGUCUUAUGAGAAGCGAACGCAAGAGCGCGCCAUCAUGAUUCAAGUCAAGGCCAAGGAGAAGGAGAUGAAGGAAGAGAAGGAAGAUGAGCGCAAGCGCAAGGUCCAGGCCAUCAAGGAGAAGCGCGCCAAGAAGGAGGAGGCCGAGCGAUACGAGAAGAUGGCUGAGAAGAUGCACAAGAAGCGAGUCGAGCGACUAAAGCGCAAGGAGAAGCGAAACAAGCUGAUCAACUCUUGA